CUUUAAAUAGGCAAAGCUAUGCAACUACAAUAUCUGUAUCUUUCAACAAAUAACCUGUCCAGAACUAUCCCUGAUGCAUUGGGAAACUGUGAAAGUUUGGAAGACAUUAAGCUGGAUCAGAAUUUUCUUGUUGGCAGCAUUCCUGCAUCAUUAGGUAACAUACGCAACUUGGAUGUACUCAAUAUGUCUCGCAAUCAAUUAUCAGGUUCUAUACCAAAGUCUUUUGGUGAUCUGCAAUUUCUAGAGCAACUAGAUUUGUCAUUCAACCAUCUUGAGGGUGAAGUCCCAGAAAAUGGUAUAUUCAAGAAUGCAACUGCUAUACAUAUUGAUGGAAAUAGGUGGUUUUGUGGUGGGCCACAAGUGCUACACUUACCAGCAUGUUCUAUUACACAUGCAAGUUCAUCAACUAAGAAAAAAGGAUUGAUAGUGCUAAAAGUAGUGAUCCCAUUAGCCAGCACGGUGUCACUUGUUGCAGUCAUUGCAGUUCUCUCGCUAUUGUACAAGAAAAGACAAAAGAGAAAAUUUAUGACCAUCCCUUCUUUUGGUAGGAGUUUUCCCAAGGUUUCCUAUAAUGUUCUUGCCAGAGCGACUAAUGGGUUCUCAGCAUCCAAUUUAAUUGGCAAUGGAAAAUAUAGUUCUGUAUACAAAAGUGAGUGUUUUCAAGAUGGAAAUAUGGUUGCUAUCAAAGUUUUCAGCCUAAACACAAGAGGCGCACAAAAGAGCUUCAUAACAGAAUGCAAUGCUUUGAGAAAUUUGAGGCACCGUAAUCUUGUUCCUAUCCUUACUGCAUGCUCAAGUAUUGAUUCUGAUGGAAAUGAUUUCAAAGCUCUAGUAUAUGAAUUCAUGCCAAGAGGCGACUUACACAAAGUGCUAUAUUCAAAUGGAGGUGAUGAAAACUCUUCAAAUUUAAACCACAUUACACUAGGUGAAAGAUUAAGCAUUGUUGUGGAUGUAGCAGAUGCAUUGGAGUAUCUCCACCAUAAUAGCCAGGGGAGUAUGGUUCAUUGUGAUUUGAAGCCUAGCAACAUUCUUCUGGAUGAGAACAUGACGGCUCAUGUUGGAGACUUUGGACUUGCAACGUUCAAAGUUGACCCAACGGCAUUGUCUCUUGGUGAUUCAAACUCAACCUCUUCAAUUGCAAUAAAAGGAACCAUUGGAUACGUUGCACCUGAAUAUGCAGGGGGUGGUGAAGUGUCGACGGCAGCAGACGUUUACAGCUUCGGAGUUGUUCUCCUCGAAAUAUUCAUUCGAAAGAGGCCAACGGAUCACAUGUUCAAGGACGAACUGAGUAUUGUAAGUUUUACGGAGAUGAACUUUCCUGAUAGGGUAUUGGAGAUUGUUGAUUCCCAGCUGCUAGAAGAAUUGAUCCUUGGUCUAGAAACUCAAACAUCCAUCAAUGAAAAAAUUGUUCAAUGUCUGACUUUUGUGCUAAACAUUGGGCUGUAUUGCACAAAGACAUCCCCGAAUGAACGAAUCAGCAUGCAGGAGGUGGCUACAAAGCUGCAUGGAAUCAAGGAUGCAUAUCUCAGGAGAAACUGAAGAAAUAUUUCAGUAAUUUUAAGAAAACCUGAAUAACAUUCGGAAGACUUAUCAAUAAAACUCGCACAGAAUGUGUGUACUAUCAAGUGGUAUCGAAACUGUUUCUGAUACACACGAGAAGUUGUUGUUUCAUCUUUCAAGCUUUGUAAGAUACUGUACUUCUCCUUGAUACGGAUGCUCAAGGUUCUGCAUUACACAUUAUUUAGUAUUAGUAGUCUAGUACUUCUGAUAAAAGAAUACCUCAGAUGUGUAUGCUAAUUUGCAUUUACAAAUGGUAUUUGGCCCAGAACUUAUUCCAAAGAAGAUAAUAUGCAACCAUCCAUUGUUUGGGAUGUUAGCAAUGUACGAGCAUAAAUGCAUGAUAAGACAUUGCAGCCACACAUUGUUGACGACCAAAAUUGGCACGCUGUGCGGACUGAUUAGAUUGGUGUGCACAAACCGAUCAAAUCUGUUUGGGUGACUUUGCUAAAAUGAAGAUUUGACCACACCAUUGUGUAGCUCUCGUUGAGACGAUCAAAAUUCACAUGUAGAACAUCCGAUCUGGAGUUCGGAUGAGAGAGUUAUGAUUUCGGGGAAAGCUGAC